AUGUUUGCUAUCAGAUCUUCUCGUGGCUUCGUCGGCUUUGCGACAGGCCCACGACUCACCAAAGCCGUCACACGAGGCUUUGCAACCACUCUCGCAAGGAAGAGCACUAUCCCAUUCGAGAUUCGCGGUACCGGUGACGGCGUCGCUCAAGAGGUCUCCGUCAAGAACUCCUCGCACAAGCUCACGACCGAUGCCUACCCUGCGUUUGGCGGCAAAGAUGCAGCUCCAUCGCCACUGCACUUCAAUCUGACCUCGCUCUCCUCGUGCACGCAGGUGACUGGAUCUUUGGUAGCCAAGGAUCUGGGCAUCAAUCUUGGGAAGUGGGAUGUCGAGGUAGCCGGCCACCUGGAUCCGAGCGUGUUGACGCAGGGAGUCGAAGGGAACGCCAAUUGGAAAGCUAUCAGCUUGAAGGUCAGGGUGGAUGCAGAGGCUAGCAAAGUGGACUUUGAGAAGUUUGCGAGCGAGACUGAGAGGAGGUGUCCUGUUACUCAACUAUUCAAGCGAAGCGGUGUGGAAUGGAGCAGUGAUUGGCAGAAUGGAUCCUAA